AUGGUUGGGAGGACUUUACCAGGGCCCGGGUCCAAUGAGCAUAUGGAAGUGACGGGGCCCGGGUCCAAUGAGCGUAUUGAAGUGACGGGGCCCGGGUCCAAUGAGCGUAUGGAAGUGACGGGGCCCGGGUCCAAUGAGCGUAUUGAAGUGACGGGGCCUGGGUCCAAUGAGCGUAUGGAAGUGACGGGGCCCGGGUCCAAUGAGCGUAUGGAAGUGACGGGGCCUGGGUCCAAUGAGCGUAUGGAAGUGACGGGGCUUGGGUCCAAUGAGCGUAUGGAAGUGACGGGGCUCGGGUCCAAUGAGCAUAUUGAAGUGACGGGGCCCGGGUCCAAUAAGCGUAUUGAAGUGAUGGGGCUCGGGUCCAAUGAGCGUAUUGAAGUGAGGGGGCCCGGGUCCAAUGAGCAUAUUGAAGUGACGGGGCCCGGGUCCAACGAGCGUAUUGAAGUGAUGGGGCCCGAGUCCAAUGAGUGUAUGGAAGUGACGGGGCUCGGGUCCAAUGAGCGUAUUGAAGUGACGGGGCCUGGGUCCAAUGAGCAUAUUGAAGUGGCGAGGCCCAGGUCCAACGAGCGUAUCGAAGUGGCGAGGCCCGGGUCCAACGAGCGUAUUGAAGUGGCGAGGCCCGGGUCCAAUGAGCGUAUUGAAGUGGCGAGGCCCGGGUCCAAUGAGCCCAGAUGCUCAGUCACUUUGAGCAAGGCUCGACUGAAGUGGGGAACAGGUUCUGUGUGCUCGGGAUGA